AUGUCGCUAUCAAAAUUCUGCGUAAAAUGUGCUGGCAUCUUUGAGGGGGAUUAUGUGUCUCCUGAUGUCCUGCAGCACGACCUCAUCGAUACCGAGGAUGUAGAAUACCGGCCCGGGGACUUCUUUUCAGGUAAACAGGAGUGGAAAGUUAGGCUGGACAGUAUUCCAGGUCAAGAAAUCCCGACGUUGUAUCUUCACCAUAACUUCCAAGAUGUGGCAGAAUCGGUCGACAGUUGCGUCUUUUGCGCCAUGAUUUGGGAAAGGUUGACGAUCGAGGAAUUUCUGGCUGAGUCUCAGAACCUUGCUGGGAUAGAGAAGAAAGAUAUUGUUGGCAUUCCGGUCAUUCAUCCGAAAGAGUCCACCUAUACUGGCAUAUUCACUUUUGGAUUGCUCUAUGCUGUCUGGUCAGGGCACAAUUGGAAAGCCAGAGCUUUGCACAGAUUUCAUCUCUUCAAAGUAAUCAGCGUUGCAAAUCAAGAGAACAGGGCUAUAUGGAAACCCACGUUUGACCGACAACAGUCACUUUCGCGGAUACACAACUGGCUUGAAUCGUUGGUCAGGGUUCCAGUUUUUGGCUCGCACCUACCCACAAGACUCCUCCACUGCCAGCCAUCACCAGUUUCCGGUGGCACACCUACCGUUAAGCUUGUGAACACUAACGACUUGAGCCCGUCUACUCGUUAUGUCGCCCUCACGCAUCGCUGGGGCACCGUCCAGCCUCUUAUGCUGUUGAAGGCUCUGCAGGAUACAUUUCAUACCAACAUCCCAUUCGUCUCUAUCCCAGCCACGUUUCAGGAUGCUAUCAGACUAACAAAUGACAUUGGCCUCGAGUACAUAUGGAUAGACUCACUCUGCAUUAUACAGGAUUCUAAAGACGACUGGCAAGCAGAGGCUGCACGCAUGGCAUCCGUAUAUUCUCAGGCGCAUGUCACCAUCGCUGCUACGGCUGCUCAAGACUCGGCAGCAGGGCUCAAACAGCAAACUUCCAUGCUUAGAUAUCCCUGUGAGAUCACCCCGUCGUGGACAGGCUUCGAGAACGAGAUACCAGAUGGUCCUGUACGAAUCAUAGUUAGAUCGGCCUUUUGUGACGAAAUCCUCGCGAAACCCCUUUUCCGUCGGGGAUGGACAUAUCAGGAGUGGAUUUUGUCGUCUGCAACAAUCCAUGUGGCACGAGAUCAGCUUUGGUGGACAUCGGCCUCGAAUAUGAAGUCUCAAGGCUACGCAGCAAAUGAGACCUGUGAAGGAUACGAUUUUGAAGUUGAUCGAAACCACAUUCACACGAUGGCGCCCGGGUCUCUAUACGCCAUUGCGAACGAAUCUACAGAAGCUACCCCUCAAAUAUGGCAUAACCUACUGCAAGAAUAUAUGUCAAGAGAUCUGACUUUCGAAUCUGAUCGUCUUGUAGCAUUUGCUGGCAUCGCGACUUUGUAUCAAAGAUUUGCACAUAUCCCCCCUGGCUCCUAUCUGGCAGGAAUAUGGCGUCAAGUCCUGCUUCAGGAUUUGUUAUGGACCAUCGCUAAUGGGAGAAAGGCUUCACCGCCACAACUUUACCGUAGCCCUUCGUGGUCCUGGGCUUCGGUUGAGCCGGCGCACAACUGGGCGGGGAGGUUUUCAAUUGGCAGCAAGUCUGUGAAUGUUGACUUGGAACCAGGUGAGGAUCCAUGGGUUGCCGUCGCUACUGUUCUAGAAGCAUCAGUUGAGACAGCAGGGUCUGAAUUUGGACCUGCACUUGGAGGGCAUCUGGUAUUGCAUGGCCCUCUGAUCAAAGCACGCCUUGGUUUUGUGAUGAUCGACCUUUCCGACCGCCUUACAGCAGAACAAGCUGCUGAGUUUGUACCAGGCGGUCGGCUACGAUACGUACGUAAUUACUUGUCGAUGCCAGAUCACGCGAGUGUUGAUAACGCAGCGUUGCGCAAUGGUACGGGACCAACAACGCCUCAGCUAGAUACUGUUCCUAAAGAGGUCUCAUCUGAUGAGGAGAUAGACAUCUACCUGGCCGUUAUCUAUUCUCAUAUUAACCUUGGCGGAUAUCCUAAAGCACAUACCCUGGCUCUCGUUAGAGGAUUAGAUAAGGGGGAGUAUCGCAGGAUCGGGUAUGUUUGGAUUGGCGAGGAUAUUCUGGGUGAUCAGAAAGAAAAUAGGGAGUUUGGUGUUUUUAAAGCUCUUACAGAUGAGGACGAGUAUCUCAGUCUCGGAGAUCGGCCUGGCUAUUACAACUAUCGGGUCGUCUAG